AUGAACUCUUCUAUUCGUGGCCUUACGUUUAGUUCAAUCAGACUAAAAAAAAUGAAGUGUAUUUCUCCACAGGGUCAAACAACUCCAGAACGAGUUUUAUCUAAUCCAUGGUACGAUAAAGGUUUUUGUGAACCACAUCAAUACAAAGCAGCUAUUGAUCGUUGUAAAGGUGGAUAUGAUUCAUGCGAAACAUUCAUUGAUAUUUUAUCUGAACGUGCUAAAAUUGAACGCAGCUAUGUCGCUGAUCUGGAAAAAUGGUCAGACUCAAGUAUAAAAGCAAUUUCUCAAACAAAAGAAUUUGGCACAAAUAAAAAAGCUUGGAUUGACUCAGUACGCGCUUCAAAAGAAAUAGCUGAUACACAUAAAGAUUUGGUUCAACGUCUUGAAGAAAAUGUUAUUGAUAAAAUGGUUACUUACAAAAAAGAGAACUAUGGUAAAUCAAUUUUGCAUGUGAAGAAAAUCAAAGAAUUCGAACACGAUUUUGAACGAGCACAAAAAUCUUGGACUAAGCUAUUGGACAAAAUUAGUAAAGCUAGAAAAGAAUAUCAAGAUGCUCAUCGUCAAUGGAAAAGAGCUGAAACAGCUGAAAAAAUUCUUGAAUCUGAUCGUGGUGCUGAAGACGAACAAAAAACAAAAGCUAAAAUGAGUGUUAGUAGUUAUAAAAAAGAAGUUGAAUCGCUGAAAACUAAAUAUCAGCAACAUGUUACCGAUAUGCAAAAUACAAGACCACAUUAUGAAUCUGCCAUGGUAGAGGUGCUCAAUCGUACUCACGAUUUUGAACGUAAACGAUUGGCACAAUUCAAAGUGUCAUAUAUCGAACUUCAUAAAUCUCUAAUAAUUGAUAAAGAUCCUCAUUUAAAGACUAUGUCAGAAGCAUUUACAAAAGCAAUCGAAAGUCUUGAUGCCGAGAAAGAUAUUAACUGGUGGAAUACUCAUUAUGGUAGUGGUACAAAUAGUGCAUGGCCAUCAUUUGAAGAACUUAAAGAUUAA